GGUCACUAGAAUGUUAGGACUGAAACAGAGAUGAGAGUUUUACAUUAAGUUUGUACACCACGUUACUGCUUCUUUUAAUUCAAUAAUCCUUAUUUUGUUAGUACUAAAAUGACUAGACUUUUGUGUGAACAACUUGUGACCAAGCAUCACACAAGGGUAGAAGAAAAUACUGUAAUUCAUGGGAGCUGGAUAACGAGGUUACCCUUGUCACAUCGAACAACGGACUCGUCUUCCUUUCAGCUUCAGUCCUGAAUCUCAACAAGCUGCGAACAAGGUCAGAGGAAAUGCAAUUCAUUCUGUGCAGAACCUGACCAAUUUAGCUAAUGAUCUUAUAAGAAUGAUCUCCGUGAGCGCACCCAUUGGCUAAAUUGGUCAGAUUGUGCACAGAAUCUGCGCAGAAUGAUCUGUGUGAACGCACCCAUGGCUUUCACCAACCUGCUCCCGGAGCUGCAAAGUUUGCACAAACCCACCACUGAAAAUCACAACUCCAGCCGUAAACUGGCUGAUGAAGCGAGCUACAGCAGCCAAAUGAACACUGCUGUUUUUAGCGUGAAGGUAUUCACAUCUGCAGCUGCCUCUUAGGGGUAUUAGAGUUGCUCCACUGUGCGUGUACACUGAACGCUAAUAAAGCGAUACCAAUAUGUGUUUGUCUGGGUUCUGAAGCAGUGCACACGCUGCUGCUAACCUGAAUGCGGGCUGCCUUGAACGCCUACACUACAUCAAAUCAUGUGACAGAAAUAAAGCGAACUGAUCUGUGAACCAGGAAGAAGGAGACUGAAAUGCAAAGUGUUGUAUUUUAAGUAAAGAGACAUUUUUUGUUUUGUUUUUGCUUUGGAGAUGAAACGGCUACAUUUAAUUUUAAUUUGGACGGUCUGUCUUGCGGAAUGGAGUUUACAAGCAUUUGGCGAUUUGGAUACUGCGCGUAGACAGCAGAAAUGGCCAGUGCCCUACAGGCGUUUUGAUCAUCGCCCAAAAGCUGAUCCUUACUGUCAAGCAGUGUACCAAUUCUGUCCCACUGGAUCUCCUGAUGGAAGCAUUCCUGUCAUGAAAGAUGCAGACGUCAUUGAGGUCUUCCGACUACAGGCUCCUGUAUGGGAGUUUAAAUACGGCGGUCUACUUGGACGUUUUCACAUUAUGCACGAUGCUAUUGGGUUCAGGAGCACCCUUAGUGGUCGGAACUACACCAUGGAGUGGUAUGAACUCUUCCAGCUGGGGAACUGCACCUUUCCCCACUUGAGAGCUGAGGCUGAAGCUCCUUUCUGGUGCAACCAGGGGGCUGCCUGCUUCUUUGAAGAGAUAGACGACCAGCAUUGGAAGCAGAAUGGAACUUUAGAAAAAGUGUCUGAAAUGACAGGUGCACAGUUCAAUGAAAUGGCCAAAUGGAUAAGGAAGGACAAUGAAACCGGUAUAUACUACGAAACAUGGACUGUCCAGACAGAUCCCGGCCCCAACCCUGCUGUUUGGUUUGAUUCUUAUGAUUGCUCUCAGUUUGUACACAGAACUUACAGGAAACUGGCAGACAUGGGCGUCUCUUUCACCAGUCAGCUGCAGACUAACUACACCAGGAUCUUUCUGUAUAGCGGAGAGCCCACGUUCCUGGGGAACGACACCACCAUCUUUGGAGCUGCUGGAAAUAAGACCGUGGCCUCGGAUAUCAAACGCUUCUACCAUCCCUUUAGGCCUCCUCAGUCAAUAAAAGACUUUCUGGUUAGUCUGCUGGAAAUCUACGAAAGAGUUGUAUUAGAAAAGAGCUUCUACUUGUAUUACAAUUAUGAGUACUGGCACUUGCCAAUGAAGCCUCCUUACAUCAGGAUUACAUAUGAAGAAAUCCCUCUGCCCCGUAUACACAAGAAACCAUAGGAUUUUUGGGACUUUGCUUUGCUUAUUAAUUACAGACUGGGACUCAUCUGCAAUGUUUGAAACAAACCAACAUUCUGAAAUAAAAGGUUAAGGAGCUAUGCGAUUGAUUUGAUUAACCUGCACUCCACUAGGAUAAGUCAGAGCUGUUUUUUUAGAUCUUUUUACAGCACUGGGGAAUUUCUCUAGAUUGUUUCAGCCAUGGUAUCCCAGGGUUACCUCUAACAAAAAGGUCUAUUCUGUCCUUUCUCUGCAGGGUUGAUGAAAUUAAGCCUUAAUAAGCAGAUAACGUUUUUCAAAAUCUCACAUACAGUUUGUCACAUACCUUCAACCUUAUCUCAUACCCUUUGUGUGAAAUAAGAUUUUUAAUGUAAAUGUAACAUUACUUUUUUUUCUUCUAAAUAAUCCAAUGAGUGUGUAUUUUUUCAAGGUGGUUGGGGUUGUUUGAGAUUAGUUCUUCAAUCCUACCGGUAGUUUUGCAAAACACAGUAAAGUAUUUACCGACAGUAUACCUAUCAACCUAAUCAGAAAUGACCGGUUAUGGAGAAUUGUAUACAAUCUGGUAACACAAAGGCAACGACGUUGUCUUGUAUUACUUAUUUGAUAUUUUAUACUCAGGAUACAAUAGCAGUGCUUUUAUUUGUUGACAUGUGUGGAACACAUUACUUAUAAGUAUGUAACACAAAAAUAAUCAAAUAAAAACCUAAAUAUAA